UCUUCCCCCUUCCCAAGCGCCCUUCACUUCACUCUCUCCUCCCAUAUGUUCCUCCAUUCCAAACCAUCUCUCUUUCUAUCUUUUCCAGUGCUUUUCUUACAAGCCCAAAUCCAAAAUUGGAUUUGGGUUUUCUUUCUUCCUUCCAAAUCUCCACCACCCAACAAAAUAAACCCCUUUUAAUCCUCUCCUUCUUUUGAUACAUAUAAGACUUUCUACCCUAUUUCUAAAACUAGGCUUCAAUUCAUUACUCUCUUUGAAUUUCGUUCAGAUUGAAAAAGCUACUUCAGCUUUCAUUCUUUAAUUUGGGGUGUCUACCGUUUUCCCUCUUUCUUCUAAAUAGAGUAUGACGGAUGAUAAGAAAAACCCAGAAAUGGAAACAGCUUCUUCCACCGAAAUCUCUCAAAACAAGAGAAAAAACACUCUCCCCAAUUUCCUUAUUUCUGUAAAACUAAAGUAUGUGAAGCUUGGUUACCAUUAUCUCAUCUCCCAUGCCAUGUACCUCUUUCUCACUCCUUUCCUCUUCUUAGUUUCCGCCCAACUCUCUACUCUCACCCUCAAAGAUCUCGAAGAGCUCUGGGAACACCUUCAAUACAAUCUCGUGACAGUAGUCCUCUGUUCUACCCUUCUCGUCUUCCUCGCUACUGCUUACUUCAUGACCCGUCCGCGCGCUGUCUACUUAGUCAAUUUCUCAUUGUAUAAGCCCAGUGACGACCGUAAAUGCACGCGUGAGAUUUUCGUCGAACGGUCUAGGCUGACCGGAACUUUCACCGAGGAGAAUUUGGGGUUCCAGAAGAAGAUCUUGGAACGAUCGGGAUUGGGACAGUCGACGUAUUUGCCUGAGGCAGUCAUGACGGUGCCGCCGAAUCCAUGUAUGGCGGAAGCGAGGAAGGAGGCGGAGAUGGUGAUGUUUGGAGCCGUUGAUCAGCUUUUAGAGAAGACAGGCAUAAAUCCGAAGGAAAUUGGGAUUUUGGUGGUGAAUUGUAGCCUUUUCAAUCCUACACCAUCUCUUUCUGCUAUGAUUGUGAAUCACUACAAGCUUAGAGGCAACAUUAGAAGUUACAAUCUUGGUGGAAUGGGUUGCAGUGCUGGUCUCAUUUCAAUCGACCUUGCCAAACAGCUGCUGCAAGUGCACCCAAACUCCUAUGCAUUGGUAGUGAGCAUGGAGAACAUCACACUCAACUGGUAUUUCGGUAACAAUCGGUCCAUGCUCGUCUCCAAUUGCCUUUUUCGCAUGGGCGGCGCGGCCAUUCUCCUCUCAAACCGGCGAUCAGACCGUCGACGUUCAAAGUAUCAGCUCAUCCACACGGUCCGCACCCACAAGGGCUCCGAUGACCGGGCAUUCAAUUGUGUUUUCCAAGAAGAAGAUGAUAAGGGAAAAGUCGGCGUAUCGCUCUCAAAAGACCUAAUGGCUGUAGCCGGGGAAGCUCUCAAGACCAACAUCACAACACUCGGCCCGCUUGUGCUACCCAUGUCGGAACAACUUCUAUUCUUCGUGACAUUGGUAGCACGAAAGGCGUUCAAAAUGAAAAUCAAGCCAUACAUUCCUGAUUUCAAGCUCGCAUUCGAGCAUUUCUGCAUCCAUGCAGGUGGGCGGGCCGUCUUGGAUGAACUAGAGAAGAAUUUAGAUUUAAGUGAUUGGCAUAUGGAGCCUUCUAGGAUGACUCUCUAUAGAUUUGGCAACACUUCUAGUAGUUCAUUGUGGUAUGAGCUCUCGUAUUCAGAAUCGAAGGGAAGGGUCCGAAAGGGUGACCGUAUGUGGCAGAUCGCGUUUGGGUCAGGUUUCAAAUGUAACAGUGCGGUUUGGCGGGCUCUCAGAACCAUUGAUCCUGCAAAGGAGAAGAAUCCAUGGAUGGACGAGAUCAAUGAAUUCCCUGUUCAUGUGCCCAAGGUGGCCACAAUUGCAACAUGAGCAGUUUGUUUUUUAUUUUUUAAGAGGGUGUGGUAGUAUGAUGCAUAUGUGGUAAGAAGUGUUUUAUUUAAUUUUUAGUUUUCACAAA